GUCUAGGGGGACCAUGGAAACAAAAACAGGGAUCCUGCGUUGACAAUAAGUGCACUUUAGAACAUGGAUCCCCCAUCAGUUUCUUGUAUCUGUGAGCUCUGCGACUGUGGGAAACACAAACACCACAAGGGAUGCACAAGACAGCAUCAUGUUCGGCGCAGAGUGACUGAUGGCAACUGUUUUGUCUCCCACUAUAAGGCCACGUUCAACGCCCCAAGAAAUGCGGCUCCUAGGAGCAGUAAAAGGCCCCCCCACACUCCGUUACUACGUCACCUGCCUCCCAUGAACAUGGCUACCACACAGAGGACUGAAUUCAUACCAAGGUCACUUGAAGGAAGGCCUAAGCCAUGUAUUCCUCCUGAGAGUUAUUACCUGGGCCCAGAGAAGCCGCUGCUUAACCAGACUGUUUAUGGGCUGGACUAUCCUCCUAAAGAUGCAGAAAGAAUUAAGCCUACAAGGCCUCCGGACAACCUGCGCCCUUUGCCUCCAUCAGGGACUCACCACAGUACAACCAACAGGGAGCUUUACAGACAGUGGUACACAGAGCGCCAACCACAAUAUGGAGAAUUGCCGGCUCUUGCAGGAGCUCUCCUAUUCCCCGGUGAUGUGUGUGACAUGAGAACAACGACCCAGGACCAUUUUGUAGAGAAGAAGAUAAAGAGAGUGGAGCCAGUGAGAGCAUCUAAAGAUCACCUGACUAUUGAAGGUGAACAUUAUAUGACGACAACAACCAAGUCUACUUUCCAUCCUCUGCCUUUGGAAAAAGUAAAAGAAACCAUGCAACCUGCUCCGAAAAAGGUCAUCAAACGCCCACCAGUGAAGCUGACAACCAAGUAUCAAAGUGAUUUCUCCAUCUGCUACCCCAUAGAGCCAAACAGACCAGCUCCACCGCCCACUGACAACCUGGCAGUAAACCCACAUUGCAGCAAUGACUUUCAGACUGUUCAGAGAGAGACGUUCCCUGGCUGGGAUCCUUUGCUGCACCCUCGACCUGAGCCAGCCCAUUUAAAGGAGGAGCUUACUUCCAUGGAUAGGGAGCGGGGAGGACAAGUAGAUGGGAAUACAGUCACAAAGUUGUCAUUUCUGCCACCUGAGCCACAGUCCUUGGAGCCAGUCAGGCGACCACGGUCAGUCCUCCGACCACUAAAUGCCAGGUUUGAUGGUACCACCCACAGUAGAAGUGUGUUCAAGGACUGGGGCGUUCAACCACGACUGCGGUGCGGAGAUCCCAUGGAUGGUGUCUCACUGAGACCUCUGGUGAAGCUUGACAGUGAGACCACAACAGGGACAACAUUCAUACAGAAAAAGGGAGAAUUGGUGAGGACCUGCAAGCCUGCGAAGGACAACUUAGAGCUAACGGGAGAUAGGGACUUCUCUACCAUCCACAAAGAGACAUACAGGACGCCAGCGCUGCCUCCGUGUCGCAUGCAGCUGUACCUUCAGCAGCAGAUGGGGCACAAGUCCUCACAGCUCCAAGAAAGCCAAUGAGGAAAGUAGCAAGCAGACAGACAAUCUGAUCAGAUGGCAUCUUAUUGGUCUUCCUGCAAUCAGUACUUCCGGGAAACCAUUGUCUAUCCACGACUUCCUCAUAUAAAUGGCAUACAGGAUCUGGGAAAUCUCCACGCAUAAGCCAGUGGUUAUUAACACCAAUAAUGAGUACAAGAGGUCAUUUCCGUUAUAAUGUAACAGCAGAUUUUAUAGUACAUCCCUACAAACCACAUAUACUGUAUUAUAUAAAAAGGUAUGUAUGUACACUAUACACACACAUAUACCAGGUCAACUUAGUUUGCCCCCCCCCCCCAUACUCUGUCCCACACUGCACCCUGCUGAUUUUCCCUCUCCAUACUCACCCUGUUCCCGGCAGUCUGUCCUCCUUUUCUAGGGCUGUCUUGCCUCCCUAGAGCAGUGGGAACCAUUAGGGCCUGUGCAACUGGCUUUGACCGCGUGCAUUCAAGAGACAGACCAGACCUUGUGAAAUUAUUGUACCGAUACAAGGGGUGUGCAGUCAGUGCAGGCAAUGUUAUUUUCUGCCCAGACCACAUUGUGAUUUUACCAGAAGAUACAAGUGGUCCAAAGAACGUUAUACUCCUACCCUAUGAAUUUUCUGUGAAAUAUUGUCUCCAUCUAUUUUGCAUACGUGAUUUUGAUAUUACCCUGAAGAAGUUCCAUUUAAGGGACAAAACGCGUAGGGUGUCCAAUGCCAUAUUCAUUCACCAUUUACGAGGUCCCUGUUAUUUAAGCUCACACCCUGAAAAGGUGCUGGUAGGAAGCGCCAACAUCUCUCCUGUAUUGGCAAUGGAUAAUAUGACACCUCUUUAAUGCAAUGUAAGCCAUUUUAUAAUUGUAUACAUUUUUAUCAAGAAUAAAACUAAUCUGAUAUCUACUAACAA